AUGUUAAAAAUUUGAAAGUUUUGUUAUCAAUAAGCACUUUUGGAAACAUAACAAAAUUUCUUCAAUUAUUUAGAGUUUUACAAAAGAAAGAAAAGGGAAAUCACCGAAAUCAUAGAACAUGGCUUUACGGAAAUCCGAUACCGGCAAAAACUCUAAGACUAAAUGUACCAAGAAGAUCAACAAUUCAAAAGGUGGGCCUCAAAAAGUAGUCAAACAGAGAAAGCCGAAAGCGAAACCAGUACAUCAAAGUGUCCACAAAACAAUUGUAGGCCACAAGGUCAAAAUGGAGUCGACGGCGUUGGAAGUGCCUCGGCUGUUUCGGGUGGAUCGACUGACGGGUUUACCCCUGGACUAUGAACAGACCGUAGAUUAUGUCAUGCACUAUGUGAAUCCGCAUCUCGUCCACAAGCGUUCUCCUGAGCAACUCUUGGAAGAGAAGUUAACACAAAUGUUUGCCUCUUUAAUGGAGCAACAGCGUGGCUAUGGUUGUGGCAUGUCCCGAUCUCUAAUUAGACAUAAGCUGAUGAGUCAAUUACGAUCCAAAGGGGGAUCUACCUUAACGUUGGCCAAGGCAAACCGUGAAGGAAACAUGGAGUUGAACGAAUUCCAUACGGCUUGCAAACGUGGACCGAAAGCCCAGUCGGAAACUUAUAUAAAUUCUCGGAAGAGCAAGGGGACUAAAUAUAAUCCAUAUAAAUUGUGAGAGCUCUUCGACAUACAAAAUGAUUGGCAUUAUUUAGACUUCGUUUUGCUAUUUAUCGGCUGUAUUGGAUGUUCUUUUCCCUCUCUUUUUAUCAUUUCUGAAACUAAAAUUUAAUGAUCAAGUUUUUUUUAAAUUGGUAAAUAAAAGUGUAUAAUAUGCAAAACCAUUA